GGAGUUGCGGGCGUGUCUCUCGAAGCUAGAGAUUGUCUAGCUCUGAGCCGAUCCCUCCAUCGACUCAGCUCAUCGCCGGAGCUCCUCUGCAGGUAGUCACACAUUCAAAUCCUUGUUCCAGCAAAACUCAACCUUCACAUAAGGAAAUCAGCGACUCUACAAGGAGCAUCAUCAGGAGACGUUCAACUCCCCCUGAAAUGCUCAGAGUGAAAACUGAGUAACGCAUCCACUCUCCCGCCCGGAGCUGAGGGUCACUCACCCACCACAUAGUUGCAAAAAUGACUAAACUGCGUGGUGUGCUGUUGCUCGUGCUCUUCAACCUACUGUAUUUCACUCAAGCACAACAGGAUGACAGAACAGUUGCUGCUGACAUAGUCUUUCUAGUGGAUACCUCCUGGAGCAUCGGCCAGGAAAAUUUCCAAUAUGUGCGAGAGUUUCUAUUCAGGGUUAUAAAGGCUUUUGAUAUUGGAGAAAACAGAUUUCGUUUUGGCCUGGUGCAGUACAGCGAGAAGCCACAAGCAGAGUUCCAUUUAAACACAUAUUUUACGAAGCAGAACAUCCUAUUUCAUAUAUGGAACAUGUCUUAUAAGGGGGGAGGCACAAAAACUGGACUAGCACUAGAAUAUGUAAUCAAGGAUCAGCUCACUAAAGCCACCGGGAGUAGAGCGGAACAAGGAGUGCCACAGAUUAUUAUAGUGUUAACAGACGGACGAUCUCAGGAUGAUGUAAUCUCCCCGUCUGCUUCCCUUAAGUCAGCUGAAGCUAUAAUUUUUGCUGUUGGAGUUCAGCAAGCUGUUGAAUGGGAAUUAAAGGAGAUUGCCAGUGCACCUCAUGAGAGGUUUGUUUAUCACCUCAAUGACUUUGCCGCUCUUAAGGGCAUUGUAAACGACUUAGUGGCAAGUGUGUAUACGGCUGCAGCGCACCCAUUAUCUGAUGGGAUAAUAAAAGACACUACAGCGCAAGAAUCGGCUGACCUAAUUUUCUUAAUUGAUGGAUCAGUCAACGUUGGAAGUGGCAAUUUUCAAUAUAUACGCGAUUUUAUCGUAAAUUUCAUCGACAAUCUCGAGAUCGGCCCUGACAGAAUCCAAAUUGGUGUGGUACAAUACAGCGAUGAGCCCAACACCGAGUUCUAUUUUAACACAUAUUCCACGAAAAUAGAGGUCUUGGAUGCUGUGAAACAACUUCAACCAAAAGGCGGUGAUGAGAUUAAUACUGGUGAAGCCGUGCAGUUUCUAUUCGACAAUCACUUUGUUGCGGCAGCCGGCAGCAGGGUAUCAGAAGGGGUUCCACAGGCAGUAAUAAUUAUUUCAUCUAGUGAGUCCAGUGAUGAUAUAAACCAGGCAGAACUAUUGCUAAAGCAAGGUAGUAUAUACUCAUUUUCAAUUGGAGGUAGAGAUGCCAACUCUAAUGAACUCGUACAGCUUGCAACCGACACUUCCUUUUCUACCAUGAUCUCGGAAUACCGCGAGAUUGCUAACUUGCAACAGCAGUUUUUACCAUUGGUCUCAGGAGUGGCCCGAAGGGAAAUAAUUCUUGAGCCUGUAGUUAUUAACGAAGUUCGAGACAGGAGGAAAGACAUAGUAUUUCUGAUCGAUGGCAGCUCAAGAGUGGGAGCUCAAAACUUUUUGCGAAUCCGUGAAUUUAUCUUAAAAAUAGUUAACAAAUUUCAAAUUGGACCAAAUGCUGUGCAAGUUGCAGUGGUACAGUACAGUGAAGAUUCAAGUACUGAGUUUUUCUUAAAUACCUACACUUCCAAAAAUAAAUUACAAGACGAUGUGAAGGCACUGCGAUCAAAAGGUGGAUCUGCACUUAAUACUGGGGCCGCAUUGAAAUAUGUCUUUAGAAACCAUUUUACCAAAUCUGCAGGAAGUAGAAAGGAGGAAGGUGUUCCUCAAUUUCUGGUGCUUGUCGUCGGUGGACCGUCCACAGAUACUAUUCGCCUACCUGCACUUGAAUUAAAAGAAGCUGCCAUAAUGACCUUUGCCAUUGGAGUUGGUGAAGCAAGCCAAGCAGAGAUGCAGGAGAUUGCAUUUGGCCCCUUACUGGUAUUUGAGAUGUCCAAUUUUCAGGAUUUGAUCCGAAAGCAUAAAGCUGUGCAGACAAUGUUAUCCACGCUCGGUCCUCCAACGAUAAUUACUGAAACACCAACCAUCAUUGAAGUUGUAACAGAAGUAGUGAACAAGCGAGACAUUGUAUUCCUUAUUGAUGGAUCAGUUAAUGUUGGAAAUGCAUAUUUCCCUGCUCUCCGUGACUUCAUCAGAAGCAUAAUUGAAUCCCUCAGCAUCGGAGUUGACCAAGUACAAGUAGCUGUGGUACAGUACAGUGAUGAUGCAAAAGCUGAGUUCUAUCUAAACAGCUACUCGAGAAAGGAUGAACUUAUGCAGCGUCUAAAUGGGCUUCGUGUGAAAGGCGGCACGACUCUUAAUACUGGUGCAGCAUUGGACUAUGUAUUGAGAAACAUGUUCAGUAAAUCUACUGGAAGUAGGAUAGAGGAUGGCGUUCCCCAAAUAUUACUACUUGUUACAGCUGGAAAGUCUCAAGAUGAUGUUAGACCAUCUGCAGAAGCCCUGGCACGAGGACGCAUUCUCACCAUUGCUAUUGGAAUCAAUAAAGCAGAAGCACCAGAGUUAGAGCGUAUUGCAUUCAAUGAAAAUCUGGCUUAUCGAGUAAAUGAUUUUAAUGCCCUGGAAGGGAUCCGGGAACCAGUGACGUUAUCUGCCAAAAGAGUUGUUUAUGGAGGAAUCACUGAAGUACCUACAGCCAUGAAGAGAGAUAUUGUCUUCCUAAUCGAUGGCUCUCCUGGAAUGGGAAGAUCAUUUCCUCAAGUCCGUGAGUUUCUUUUGAAAGUAAUCCAGGAGCUUAAUAUUGGACCUGACAAAGAUAAAGUUGCUGUGGUACAAUACGGUGCUAGCCCAAAACUUGAAUUUGGUCUUGAUGCUUAUUCAUCUAACGAUGAGGUUUUGGAAACAAUAAAAAACCUCCGACAGAAAACAGGAAGACCCCUCAAUACUGCUGCUGCAUUGGACUUUGUUGCAAAGAAGGUCUUUAGUGCAUCUGCAGGGAGCAGAGAAGCUGGGGCUACACAAAUCCUAGUGCUUAUUACUGCUGGGAAAUCCAGAGAUGACGUUCAAAGAGCAGCAGAUGAAGUGAAACAGGCGGGUAUUGUGCCCAUUGCCAUUGGAGCUAAAAGCGCAGACACAUCAGAGCUUCAAAAGAUAGUACAUGAUCCAACUUUUGUUUUAACAAUGAGAGACUUCCAAGAUCUAUCAACUAUUCAACAGGAGCUCUUAUCCAAAAUGAGAACAGUGAUUAUUUUUGAGAAACCAACUGAAGAUGGUGUUAAGAGGGAUGUUGUGUUCCUUGUUGAUGGAUCAGACAAAGUCAGAGCUGCUUUCCCUUCAAUUCAAAGAUUCAUUUCUAAAGUGGUCGAUAAUCUGGACAUUGGACGUGACAAAGUCCGAGUUGGUGUGGUGCAGUACAGUGAUAACCCCAGAGUCAACUUCUACUUAAACAGCUACACCACAACGCAGGAGGUGAAGAAUAUGAUAAAUAGUCUCGGGCAAAUAGGAGGGAGUCGAGCCAACACUGGUGCAGCUUUGGACUAUGUCAAAAAUACCAUCUUUACUCAAUCUGCUGGUGGCAGAGCAGAGGAAGGUGUACCCCAGUUCUUAAUCCUUCUCACUGCCAGCAAGUCAUCCGAUGAUGUUAGUCGGGCAGCUUUAGUACUGAAAGCGGCUGGUGUAGCACCUUUUAGUAUUGGAUCAGGAGACGCAGAUGAAAAUGAACUCCAACAGAUUUCACUAUCCCCUGAUUAUAUUUUCAAGGUAAAUGAUCUGCGGAAUGUGGAAAUACUGCAACAAAAUCUGGAGUCACCACUGAGGACAUUGAGUAGAGAUCGGAUUAUCCGAAUCCAGACAGGUCCUGAAGAUGGUGUUAAGAGGGAUGUUGUGUUUCUUGUUGAUGGAUCAGACAAAGUCAGAGCUGCUUUUCCUUCAGUUCAAAGAUUCAUUUCUAAAGUGGUCGAUAAUCUGGACAUUGGACGUGACAAAGUCCGAGUUGGUGUGGUGCAGUACAGUGAUAACCCCAGAGUCAACUUUUACUUAAACAGCUACACCACAACGCAGGAGGUGAAGAAUAUGAUAACUAAUCUCGGGCAAAUAGGAGGGAGUCGAGCCAACACUGGUGCAGCUUUGGACUAUGUCAAAGAUACCAUCUUUACUCAGUCUGCUGGUGGCAGAGCAGAGGAAGGUGUACCCCAGUUCUUGAUCCUUCUCACUGCCAGCAAGUCAUCCGAUGAUGUUAGUCAGGCAGCAUUAGCCCUGAAAGCGGCUGGUGUAGCACCUUUCAGUAUUGGAUCAGGAGACGCAGACGAAAAUGAACUCCAACAGAUUUCACUGUCCCCUGAUUAUAUUUUCAAGGUAAAUGAUCUGCGGAAUGUGGAAACACUACAACAAAAUCUGGAGUCACCACUGAGGAUACUGAGUAGAGAUCUGAUUAUCCAAAUCCGGCCAACUGUUCUUGAAGAUGGUGUUAAGAGGGAUGUUGUGUUCCUUGUUGAUGGAUCAGACAAAGUCAGAGCUGCUUUCCCUUCAGUUCAAAGAUUCAUGUCUAAAGUGGUCGAUAAUCUGGACAUUGGACGUGACAAAGUCCGAGUUGGUGUGGUGCAGUACAGUGAUAACCCCAGAGUCAACUUCUACUUAAACAGCUACACCACAACGCAGGAGGUGAAGAAUAUGAUAAAUAGUCUCGGGCAAAUAGGAGGGAGUCGAGCCAACACUGGUGCAGCUUUGGACUAUGUCAAAAAUACCAUCUUUACUCAGUCUGCUGGUGGCAGAGCAGAGGAAGGUGUACCCCAGUUCUUAAUCCUUCUCACUGCCAGCAAGUCAUCCGAUGAUGUUAGUCAGGCAGCAUUAGCCCUGAAAGAGGCUGGUGUAGCACCUUUCAGUAUUGGAUCAGGAGACGCAGAUGAAAAUGAACUCCAACAGAUUUCACUGUCCCCUGAUUAUAUUUUCAAGGUAAAUGAUCUGCGGAAUGUGGAAACACUGCAACAAAAUCUGGAGUCACCACUGAGGACAUUGAGUAGAGAUCAGAUUAUCCAAAUCCGGCCAACUAUACCUAGAGAUGGUGUUAAGAGGGAUGUUGUGUUCCUUGUUGAUGGAUCAGACAAAGUCAGAGCUGCUUUCCCUUCAGUUCAAAGAUUCAUUUCUAAAGUGGUCGAUAAUCUGGACAUUGGACGUGACAAAGUCCGAGUUGGUGUGGUGCAGUACAGUGAUAACCCCAGAGUCAACUUCUACUUAAACAGCUACACCACAACGCAGGAGGUGAAGAAUAUGAUAAAUAGUCUCGGGCAAAUAGGAGGGAGUCAAGCCAACACUGGUGCAGCUUUGGAUUAUGUCAAAAAUACCAUCUUUACUCAGUCUGCUGGUGGCAGAGCAGAGGAAGGUGUACCCCAGUUCUUAAUCCUUCUCACUGCCAGCAAGUCAUCCGAUGAUGUUAGUCAGGCAGCAUUAGCCCUGAAAGAGGCUGGUGUAGCACCUUUCAGUAUUGGAUCAGGAGACGCAGAUGAAAAUGAACUCCAACAGAUUUCACUGUCCCCUGAUUAUAUUUUCAAGGUAAAUGAUCUGCGGAAUGUGGAAACACUGCAACAAAAUCUGCAGAGACCACUGAGGAUACUGAAUAGAGAUCAGAUUAUCCAAAUCCGACCAAUUGUACCUGGAGAUGGUGUUAAGAGGGAUGUUGUGUUCCUUGUUGAUGGAUCAGACAAAGUCAGAGCUGCUUUCCCUUCAGUUCAAAGAUUCAUGUCUAAAGUGGUCAAUAAUCUGGACAUUGGACGUGACAAAGUCCGAGUUGGUGUGGUGCAGUACAGUGAUAACCCCAGAGUCAACUUCUACUUAAACAGCUACACCACAACGCAGGAGGUGAAGAAUAUGAUAAAUAGUCUCGGGCAAAUAGGAGGGAGUCGAGCCAACACUGGUGCAGCUUUGGAUUAUGUCAAAAAUACCAUCUUUACUCGAUCUGCUGGUGGCAGAGCAGAGGAAGGUGUACCCCAGUUCUUAAUCCUUCUCACUGCCAGCAAGUCAUCCGAUGAUGUUAGUCAGGCAGCAUUAGCCCUGAAAGAGGCUGGUGUAGCACCUUUCAGUAUUGGAUCAGGAGACGCAGACGAAAAUGAACUCCAACAGAUUUCACUGUCCCCUGAUUAUAUUUUCAGGGUAAAUGAUCUGCGGAAUGUGGAAACACUGCAACAAAAUCUGCAGUCACCACUGAGGAUACUGAACAAAGAUCGGAUAAACCAAAUUCGAAAGAAAACUCAGGGAGAUGCUGUUAAGAGGGAUGUUGUGUUCCUUGUUGAUGGAUCAGACAAAGUCAAAGGUGCAUUCCCUUCAGUUCAAAGGUUCAUUUCUAAAGUGGUUGAUAAUCUGGACAUUGGACGUGACAAAGUCCGACUUGGUGUCAUACAGUACAGUGAUAACCCCAAAGUCAACUUCUACUUAAACAGCUACACCAUAAAAAGUGAUAUAAAUCAAAGAGUAAAUAAUCUCAAGCAACUAGGAGGGAGUCGGGCCAACACUGGUGCAGCUUUGGACUUUGUUGAAAAAAACGUCUUUUCUCAGUCUGCUGGUGGCAGAGCAGAGGAAGGUGUACCCCAGUUCUUGAUCCUUCUCACUUCCAGCAAGUCAUCCGAUGAUGUUAGUCGGGCAGCUUUAGCACUGAAAGCGGCUGGUGUUGCACCUUUCAGUAUUGGAUCAGGAGACGCAGAUGAAAGUGAACUCCAACAGAUUUCACUGUCCCCUAAUUAUAUUUUCAAGGUAAAUGAUCUACGGAAUGUGGAAACACUACAACAAAAUCUGGAAUCAACACUGAGGAUACUGAGUAGAGAUCGGAUAAAGCAAAUUCAGGGAGAUGUUCUUAAGAGGGAUGUUGUGUUUCUUGUUGAUACAUCGGACAAAGUCAGAGCUGCUUUCCCUUCAGUUCAAAGAUUCAUUUCUAAUGUUGUAGACGAUCUUGAUGUUGAAAGUGACAAAGUUCGAAUCAGCCUGGCACAGUACAGUGAUGAUCCCAAAAUCAACUUCCUCUUAAACACCUUUACAACAAAAGAUGAUGUGAAGAAAGCAAUAGAAAGCCUAAGGCAUAAUGGAGGGAGACGAGCCAACACUGGUAAAGCAUUGGAUCACGUCAAAAGGAAUGUGUUCAAUAUUUCUGCUGGAAGCAGAUUAGGGGAAGAUGUGCCCCAGUUCUUGAUCCUAAUCACUGCCAGCAAGUCCUCUGAUGAUGUUACUCAGGCAGCACUGGCUCUGAAAGAGGCUGGUGUGGCACCCUUCAGCAUUGGAUCAGGAGACGUGGAUGAUGAUGAACUCCAAAAAAUUUCAUUGUCCCCUAAUUAUGUUUUCAAAGUGAAUGAUCUGAGGAAUGUGGAAACAAUUCAACAGAAUCUUCAGUCACCAUUGGCAACACUGAAUAAAAAUCAAAUAACCCAAAUCAUAUCAGAUGCUCCUACUGUUCCAGAUCCUGCCAAGAAAGAUGUUGUGUUCCUGAUCGAUGGAUCCAGCAGUGGUAGAAAUCAACACUUUGUCCAUAUCCGUGAUUUUGUCUGGAAUAUAAUCAGUCGUCUUGAUGUUGGAGCCAACAAAGUUCGCAUUGGCCUGGCACAAUUCAGCAACGAUGGAAAAACAGAGUUCAUUUUGAAACAACAUUCAAAUAAAAGAGCCCUUCAAGAUGCCAUUAGGCGAAUUAGACCUAAAGGUGGGGCCCCACUUAACAUCGGCAAAGGCUUGGACUUUGUCUUCAAAAAUCAAUUCACCAAAUCGGCCGGAAGCAGACAGCAUCAAGGAGUUCCCCAGUAUCUGAUAGUCAUCAAUGGAGAGAAGUCCAGAGAUGACGUCCGCCCUUAUUUAGAUCUAUUAAAAAAUUCAGGAAUUAAUGUUUUCAGUGUAGGAGCAAAGAAUGCGGAUCAAGAUGAACUUGAACGAAUCACAACUAUUCCUUAUGCUACUUACAUAGUAAAUAAGUUCCCAGACCUUAAAGGUGUGCAAAACAAAUUGCUCACUCGUUUGCUGAUGGAAGAUCCUACAACCUAUGAACCAGAGCCAGAACCUCCAACUGAAGUUUUGCCACAGAAAAAAGCUGAUAUCGUAUUUCUCCUGGAUGGCUCUAUAAACAUUGGACGGCAGAAUUUUCCCAGUCUGACACAGUUUGUUUCCAGUAUAGUUGAUGCUAUCUACGUUGAUGAUGGAGCGAUCCAGGUGGGAGUUGUCCAGUACAAUUCCGAUGUGAGUGACGAAUUUUUCUUCAAUGAGUAUCGAACAAGAGCUGAUGUCCUCAAAGCUAUUGAGAAUAUCCAGUACAAGGGAGGAAGAUCAUUAAACACUGGAGCAGCCUUGAGGCAUGUUAAAAACAACCAUUUUAUUAAAGUAGCAGGGAGUAGGAUUGAAGAAGGGGUUCCGCAAAUCGCUUUCCUUCUGAUUGGUGGCAAGUCAAGUGAUGAUGCAAUAGCAGCUGCAACGGAGCUAAAGAAUGCUCGAUUCAAGAUCUUCACUGUGGGAGUGCAGGAUGCAGACUUACAGGAGAUCACCGAACUCGCAAGUGAACCAGCUGGAGCUUUUAGGGUAUCUGACAUGGAAAAACUUUCUGAACUGACCGAGCAAGUGUUAUUAGCCACAACUGAUGUCAUGGAAGGUGAAUUGUGCCCGAAAGUGCCCGAAACAAUAAAAGGAUGCAAUAUUGAUGUUUUGCUUGGCUUUGAUGUCAAUGGAGUUGGAUUAGGAAAUGAUGUUUUUGCAACUCAGAGAGGUUUCCAGUCUAAGGCAGGAGAUAUUUUACAGAGAAUUUCACAGUUGCGGACUAUAAGCUGCACAGGCUCGCAGUCACCCAAUGUAAGAAUUGGGAUCACAGUUUUCGAUCAACGUAGCCAAAGCCAUGUCAUUGAUUUAGUGGAAUAUCAACCCGGAAUAAUUAAUCAAUUCAACGAUCUAAGAAAUCUCGGUCCGUAUGUCUUGAAUGCUGGAACUUUAGAUGCAUACAAGAGCACUUUUAAAUCUGAUGGUUCUGAUCGUGUAAAGGUCGUUAUCCAUUUCACCGAUGGUAUAGAUGACAACUUUUCUCAAUUGAAGAGUCAGACUGAAAAGCUACGGAGAGAAGGAAGUAUACAUGCAUUGAUUAUUGUGUCUCUGGAGAAACUAACGGGCCUUGAAGAUGUUUCAUUGUUGGAAUUUGGACGAGGAUAUAGAUACAGGAGACCUCUUUCAAUCAACCAGCUGGAUUUAGAAUAUGAACUCGCAGAAGAGCUUGACAACAUUGCAGAAAGAGUGUGCUGCGAUGUUCCAUGUAAGUGUGCUGGUCAAGCAGGUGACAAAGGUCCUCAGGGACCACGUGGACAGAAGGGUUCAUCAGGACCUGGAGGCAUCAUUGGUCACCCAGGUGAUGAAGGUGGACCAGGUGAUAGAGGUCCACCAGGUGUAAAUGGAACUCAAGGGUUCCAAGGAUGUCGAGGACAGGGUGGAAUUAAGGGUAGUCGUGGAUAUCCAGGAGACAAGGGUCAAUUCGGAGAACUUGGUCUUGAUGGAAUAGAUGGAGAGCAGGGGUCAAAUGGAGCAGCAGGACCAUCAGGAGAUAAAGGCGGCCUAGGAGAGCGGGGACCAAAAGGAGCAAAAGGUGGGAAAGGAGAAAGGGGUGAUCUUGGUUAUCGAGGAGGUCCGGGCGAAUCAGGAAUCACGAAUAAUCAGGAAGGAGCAAAAGGGCAAAGGGGUGACAUGGGCUUGGUGGGAGAUCCUGGUGAUAAUGGCCGUCCAGGAUCAGCUGGAAAAGCUGGAAAUGGGGGAUCGCAAGGCCGCAGAGGAUCAUCAGGAGCAAGAGGUGCAAAAGGCAAUGCAGGAACUGUUGGGCCUCCAGGAAUAACAGGGUUUAGAGGCCCACAAGGCACUGAUGGAUCUUCUGGGGUUCCAGGUCGAGAAGGUGGAAGUGGCAUUCGAGGACCAAGGGGACCUGCUGGCCCUGCGGCACCUCCUGGUGCAAGAGGGAAUCAAGGACUAAAUGGAAGAAAGGGCGAGCCUGGAAAUCCUGGUGAAAAGGGUGAAAUUGGGCCCACAGGUCCACGGGGAGAAAUGGGUGAAGAUGGAACAAAUGGAAUUGGCAUCACUGGACUUAAAGGCAGAAAGGGUGAGCGAGGCCCUGUAGGACCCUUAGGUCCAAAGGGUGAAUUUGGAGUUGCUGGUGAUCCAGGAAAAGAAGGUAUUAAAGGAAAUAGAGGUCAAAGGGGUUAUUCAGGAGCUUCUGGUGAAAUUGGUCUGAAAGGAGAAGCAGGCUACCUAGGCUCACAGGGCCCCAAAGGAGAGAGAGGGAGAUCCAUUGAGACAUGCAGCCUUGUAAGACAGAUCAAAGACACAUGUCCAUGUUGCUAUGGUUCAAAGGAAUGUCCUGUCUAUCCAACUGAGCUGGCCUUUGUGAUAGACACUUCCAACACUAAAACUGCUAACCAGCUUAACAACAACAAGAAUGCUAUCCUCCACAUAGUUCGCAAUCUGACCAUAGUGGAGAGCAACUGUCCAAAGGGAGCACGUGUUGCUAUCCUGACAUACAACAGUGGCAUAGUCACUGAAAUUCGUUUUAGCAGUGCUAGAAAUAAGCGGGACCUUAUCCAACAGAUUGAAAAUCUGCAGUUUGUGCCAUCGAGGAAGGAGUCCAGUAUCGCUGAUGCAAUGAGCUUUGUAGCAAGGAACACAUUUAAGCGUGUGCGAAGUGGGUUUUUGAUGAGAAAGGUGGCAGUAUUCUUCAGUGACGGACAGACAAAACCUAAAGAGCUCAAUGAUGGUAUAACAAAACUCGCUAAUGAGAAUAUCAUCUCCGUCUACCUCUCUCCUAAAGUUGAUAAUGUACUCACUCGGGCACUGCAGAGAAAUGAUGCCGGACUUUCCCAAUUCUUUAUUUUCCGUAAUGAUGAUGAAACACUCGACAAGGUGAUGGCAUGCCAUGUUUGUUUAGAUUUUUGUGAAACGAAUGAAAUCUGUGAUGCCAAAUUUUUCCGAAGCAAAAGAUCGAUACAACCCAGUGAUGUAAACCUAGAUAUGGCAUUCAUCAUAGAAAGCUCUGCAACCAUCAGCCCAAACCAGUUCGUUGAGAUUAAAAGAUAUAUUUCUUAUCUAACGGAACAAUUGGAGAUUAGCAAGGAUCCUUCAACAUCAAACCGUCAGGCCAGGAUUGCUGUGGUUCAGCAUGCACUGUAUAAUUCUCAGCUAAAUAGUAGCCUGCUGCGAGUGAAAACUGAAUUCUCUCUCACUGACUACAACUCCAGUGAAGACAUCGGUGACUACAUCCAGGACAAGAUGACUCAGCUUGAAGGGACAAGAGCAACAGCACAUGCAAUCGAAUGGACCAUCGAAAACAUUUUUGAAAAAGCACCUCAACCAAGGCGACUCAAGCUCAUUGUUCUUAUAACCACAGGAGAUCUCCCAGAAGCUGAGAGAGAAAAGUUGGAGACUGUUGUCACAGAUGCCAAGUGCAAAGGCUUCUUCUUUGUUAUAUUCAACAUUGUCAAGAAAUCUAAUGAAAAGAAUCUAAUUUAUCUGGCAAGCUCUCCUCAAGAUGUGUAUUUCAAGCCAAUUAAUGAUGCCUCAGAGCUCCACAGUGAAGACUUACUCAGGUUUGGACGACAGCUCCCCAAGUACAUCAAUGCUGAGAAUGUGCUUCAUUUGCCUCCUGAGCUUCAGAAACAAUGUAUGUUGUUCCAAAGUGACCAGCCCAGCAGUGAAGCCUUCAGAAAUACCCACAAGCAAGGCACAAAAGAUGUCCCUGUAGAUUCAGAGAAACUUGUGGACAUGGAACUAUCUAGCUUCAAUGUUACAGAAGACAGCAUCAUCCUGCGCUUGGCCCAGACUGAGCCUCAAUACAUUGAUAAUUAUGAGGUUACUGUGGUCGAAGUGAGCCGGAGCCUUCUUGUUUUGAAGAUGAAUGUCAGUGAUGCUGAAAUUGUCCUAAAAGAUCUGGAAAAUGGGCAGCAAUAUAAUAUCAUUGUGAUAGGAUUCUAUCAGUCCAAGGCAAAAUCUGUUUACAAAAAAACAUUUACAACCAAAAAAUCACCAGAAACAAUCGUCAAAAGCACAACUGCCCAGAACAUUAUGGAACCAUUAGAGUUUCCAGAAAUAGAUCGGUGCAUGCUGGACUUUGACGCUGGAUCGCAGUGCUCAGAGUAUAGUGCAAAAUGGUUCUUUGACAGCAAGAACAACAUCUGCACUCAGUUCUGGUUUGGCGGCUGUGACGGUAAUGGUAAUAGGUUUGACACAGAAGCUGAGUGCAUUGCAGAAUGCACAAACACAAUGCUGGAAGAAAGCACAUCAGAACCCAAGCCUGAAGGAAUCAUAUUGUCAGUUAAAGAUAUAUGCCAAUUACAGCGGGAUGAAGGAAAUUGCCGAAAUUUUUCCCUCAAGUGGUACUAUGAUGUGAAAACUAAAUUGUGCACACGGUUCUGGUAUGGUGGAUGUAAUGGAAAUAAAAACAGGUUCAAUACACAGGAUGAAUGCACCAAGACUUGUGUUGAAGGACGAAUUCAAACCAGAACGAUAACUACAAUGGGAACGUAAAUGAAAUAGAGACUAUGCCCUACAUAUACCUCUGAUAGGAGCCAGCGUCUACAGGCUGCCAUCAAUCCCAAUAUGCUAAAGGUUCAACAGAUACUUUGCACUGUAUUUCUAAUAGCUUUCAUUAUUCAAAUGUUGAAGAGUUUGAAGUUUUUAAAAACUGCAUGUUUUAAUGGUGCUAACUUUGAGUCUGGGUGCUAAUUUUGUGUGGACGUCAUCUGUUCACUGUUGCAUACAUAGACAUCUAUACAGCUUGUUUCUCUUGUCUCUUAGUUCUACAUUUUUCCAUUCUUAAUAUGAACAUUUCUAACCUUCACUUCACUUUAUUGUAAAAAAUUGUUAGUGACUAAGUACACUACAUUUUUUUAAACAUGACUUAUACAGAACAAAAUCUUAUACAGAUCACUUCAGGAUAAAAUUAUAUCAAAAAAAAGCUUCCAUUGUAUGUAUAUGCUUUGAACAUUUUUUUAAAAUGAGGGUGAAUUAUUAAUAUUAGCUCACUAGCUGAAAUGAGAUAUGUUACCACAAGACAUGUAAAAAUUCAACAUAUGGAUAUUCGAUUACAAAAAUACCCAUUCUUUAAAAAAAACUUUCUCUAGUCCAAGAAAGUUCUUCAGUGAUAUUUUAGAGAGUUGCUCUAUUUUGUUAAAAGUUUCUCCCCAUACUAGUUCUCCUUAGGGAGCAUUGUAAUUUUUAGUGUACUUUGAAAAUCUCUCUCUAAUUUUGGAAUUGUAAUAAAUUAUGUACAGAUAUGCAACUUUCUGGUCAUGCAAGCUAUUUGGCACCUUGCAAAGACAACACCUUUUAAACCCUUUUAAAAAUACUACUGGGAUUACACUUUGAGCUGGAUGAUUUUCAAUUCCUAGGCUUGAACGUAUGGGUCAUUUGUAAUGUAUUUUAUGACAUUGUUAAAUUGUAUGACCUAAUGAAGAUACAUAUGAGAAACUUUCUAAUAAAAUGUUCUUAAAUUUGAAA